CGGGUGGGGAGCGCUGUGCCUCCAGCCGCUUCCUGCCUCCCCGGCCGGGCUGGAGGAGAGGGAGCGGCGCGGCAGCAGCCGCCUGUCUCGCAGCCCCCAGCGGGGAUCCGGCCCUUUCCCGCGGGGGCAGCGCCGACCCUGCCGUGUGACAGCCGGGGGGGGACGCUGCUGCCUCGGCGAGCCCAGCUGCGGCGGCGGCUGCAGCCAUGUGUUUCUCCGCCUGCCAGUGACACAAUAACACGGGAAGCGGCAGGAGGGAUCCGAGCCUGCCGAGGGGAAAGUGACCUGACCCGCUCAGGCCGGCGGCGAUGGAGGAGGGCAUGAGCAGCAUGCAGCAGAAAGCGGCGGAGCUGGAGCACAUGGCCGAGGUCCUGCUCACCGGCGAGCAGCUCCGGCUCCGACUGCAUGAAGAAAAGGUCAUUAAAGAUCGACGGCACCACCUCAAAACGUACCCGAACUGCUUUGUCGCCAAAGAGCUGAUCGACUGGCUGAUUGACCACAAAGAGGCCUCUGACAGAGAGACAGCCAUUAAACUGGUGCAGAAAUUACUGGAUCACAGCAUUAUCCACCAUGUCUGUGAUGAGCAUAAAGAAUUCAAGGAUGUCAAAUUGUUCUACCGCUUCAGAAAAGAUGAUGGGACGUUUCCACUGGACAAUGAGGUGAAGGUGUUCAUGAGAGGACAAAGACUGUAUGAAAAGCUGAUGAGUUCUGAAAACACCCUUCUGCAAGCCAGGGAAGAGGAAGGAGUCAAGUAUGAACGGACAUUUGUAGCAUCAGAAUUCCUUGACUGGCUGAUCCAGGAAGGAGAGGCCACGACACGAACUGAAGCAGAGCAGCUCGGCCGCAGGCUUUUGGAGCACGGAAUUAUACAGCAUGUGUCCAACAAGCACCAUUUCAUGGACAGCAACUUGCUCUAUCAGUGCAGAAUGAACUUUCGCCGGCGGCGGCGGUUAAUGGAGCUCCUCACUGAGAAAUCCCGCUUGAUGCCUGAAAGCCAUGACAGCCCGUUCUGCCUGCGCAAACAGAACCAUGACAACAGAAAACACACCAGUUUUCUCUCAGUGAGUCCCACCAAGGAGAUAAAGAUCGUGUCGGCAGUGCGAAGGAGCAGCAUGAGCAGCUGUGGCAGCAGCGGGUACUUCAGCAGCAGCCCAACGCUCAGCAGCAGUCCCCCCGUGCUCUGCAACCCCAAAUCUGUAUUAAAGAGACCUGUGACUGCUGAUGAGCUCUUAAUGCCUGGAGCCCCAUAUGUGAGAAAAACUUUCACGAUCGUCGGGGACGCGGUGGGCUGGGGCUUUGUGGUGCGGGGGAGCAAGCCCUGCCACAUCCAGGCUGUGGACCCCAGCGGGCCAGCAGCUGCAGCUGGGAUGAAGGUUUGCCAGUUUGUUGUAUCUGUCAAUGGCCUCAAUGUUCUUCACGUGGAUUACAGGACAGUGAGCAACCUCAUCUUGACUGGCCCUCGAACAAUUGUGAUGGAAGUGAUGGAAGAAAUGGAGGCCUGAGAAGGCAAAAAACCCUCUUACUGGAUAUUUUUGUGAGAGAAAUGGCGACAACCAUGAAGUGACAUGAGACAAGGCAGCAGGACGUUGCUGUGUCUAAAUAGAUGAUUUUGCUUUUAAGGGAGGGGACUCUCUUUCAUUUAACAAUAAUACCACUGGUGAUUAUGCUAAGAUGUGAACAAUAGAUACCAGCAAAUUUUCACUACAGACUUCUCUUUGCCUGACAGAAACAAGAUUAAGGCCUUUAGAUUGUCCAGCCAUAUCUGCAUCAGUCAGAAUGGUUUCCAACCUAAGAAGUUUUGCAUAUUAUCUCAUAGUCCACGACUGGAUCAGAGCACUUCAGGAGGUGAAAGAGCCAAACACGGUGGGGUCAGUAUGUCACAGAUGGUUUGCAUGACAUAUUUACAUUGGUAAGCAUUGUCCUGGUGUCCAGCUUUGUCCCUGGAGCAUGUGCAGUCACAGUUGCUCUCUCCUUGGGCCAAGGGACAGUUGACUAAAUGCUGGCUUGAUUGCAAUCAAACACAAAUGAACUGCAAAUGCAUGAAAAAAAAAGAUGUCUGUGCUCUGUAGAUGAUACUCUGGCCUGAAUGUUUGGGCCUAACUGAAUACACGGGUUAGUCUAGAAAGAAAAUGGAAAAACGUGUGGUACUUUUACAAAAUCUGCCUUUGAAAAUUGGUCUUUUGGUUUCAAUGCCUGCACACUGGUUUAAGUUCUUCAGUAUAAGAUAUUGAUUUUGAGAUUUUUUCCAUAUCUGUAAAUGAAAGGUGCCUCAUGCUUGCUGUUCAUCACUUUGGAGAAAUUUUGGACACCUUUAUUCCUAAAAGAAGAAUAUUUGGCAGGUUGGAGUGGAAAAUUCAUAGUGUUAGCAUUAGGAAUGAUACAUCCACAUGUUCCACUAGCAAGAGUACACUUCAAAUUGAAGCAGCGUACUUGAAUGUACAUUAAGCUUGUCAGCACUUUCCAGUUAUCUGAUGUUUUGCAAAGAACCAACUUGCCACAUGAGCUGCAUUUGACACUGUUACUAAUAAAACAUUGUAUUUAACUGACUCUUACUCUUUUUCAAACAGUAGGGUUUCUUCAUUGAUUAAAAAAACCCAUUUAUAUAAAUUCCAUAUUCUGCAGUUAGGUGACUCCUCAGCUUGAUGACAAGGGGACUGCAUGGGUUUUCUUUGAUCUUUGAAUGGGAUAAAUACAUUCUUCUCCACAAAAUUAUAAAUGUAUUUUGCAGACUUUCUCUGCUGUCUAAAUUUUACAAUUAAAGCUUGACUUUCUGUAUGCGCAUACCACAAAUCAUUCAAUUAUGGGGUGGGGAAAGUAUUUUUUCCUCAAAUAAUGUUGCAAUAUGUUUUAUAUUAAAAAUUGUUCUCACUAAAUAAAUUGCUCUUUCAGUAUGUUUUUCUCUUACUCAAACAUUUUUACAUCAGAGAUACGGCAAGUCUUCAAAACCACAUGUGUCUGCAACGUUGUAGGUAGAAGUCCCUGAGUUCUUUAUUCCUGAUAUGGUAUAUCUGUGGUUGAUUUUUCACCAUGAAAACUUCUCAUAUUCCACUAAUAUGCAGCAGUGAAGAGAAGUAUGAAACUGCACCUGCUGACUUGAUAUUAACCAGGCACAAGAGUGUUUGGAGGAUUUGUUCACACUGUCAUCUGCUAUGACAGUUGUUUGUCCCAAUUGUACCUCACAAAAUUUUGUAACGUAUGUACAACCCAUACCAGGUUAUCUUCGGCAGUUCAUCUAAACUAAACAGUUGGGCACAUAAUGAUAUAUGAGACUGUAACAACUGUCGAUGGUAUCCACUUGGAACAGUUGGAAAAAAUAAUUCCAGAAAUGUUUCAGUAUGCUACAAGUUUUUUGAUUUUGUGAAUCCAGGAAUGCUUCCCCCUCCCCCCCCCGCCCCGGCUUGUUUUGGUGGCUUGAGUGGUAUAUACUUUGUACCCCUUUAAAAUAUAAAUUCUGCAUGUUAGGCUAAGUUAAAUAUUAAAAUGUAAAGGAUUUUCUUAGCAAAAUGCUAAUGAUUCUCUCUAAUGCCAUUGUGGAUUCUUCUGUAUUACAUCUCUUGCCUUAGUUAAUAUUCUGCUACAAGUUCUCUGUAGCUUACAGAUAAUUAAGAAACUGGGUCAGAAUUGGGCUUAAUAAUGCAUUACAGAGUGCACUUUAGACUGGAGCAAAAAGAGUGGGAAUGGGGGCAGGGAAAAAUCUGUGCAUUUCACUGUGUUACAGAUUGAAGAUGGCAUCUUGAUUUGCAAAAUACAUUAGUCUCUAUCACAAUUUGAGCACGGCUACUUGCCUGCUUUUAAUGGGGAUUUCCAUAUGGUGUUCUCAACUUGAUUGGCAAUCCGGAUUUUAAUUAAUUCUUUCCCUCUUCAAUGUGACAAAGGUAUUCAAAUUAUCUCUGCAAUGAAAUUUUGUAUUUUUGAAAAAAGAAUGCAAAGUAAACAAUUAAGCUAUGUGAUGUA